AUCUCCAUCUCGAUCUCAUCACUUUGAAGCUUAACCAUGGCUUCCCUUUGUAUUGAGAAUGAUCUAAAUUCGCCCAUCUUCCUUCUCUCUAAUAUCUGUAAUUUGAUCUCGAUUCGGCUCGAUUCCACCAAUUUCAUCUUAUGGAAAUUUCAGCUUACAGCCAUAUUAAAGGCUCAUAAGCUCUUUAGUUUUAUUGACGGUUCUUCGACACCGCCAGAGAAAUUUGUUGCUGCUUCUACUCUUGAAUCGUCUUCUUCUAUUGAUUCGGCUUCUCAGAUGAUUCCGAAUACUACAUAUGCUGAUUGGAUUGCUCGAGAUCARGCGUUGAUGACACUGAUAAACGCUACACUACUAGCCUAUCUCGUCAGAAGUACUUCGUCCAAGCAGAUUUGGGAGACCUUGAAGAAGCACUAUUCUUCCAAUUCUCAUACUAUUGUGGUAAAUCUGAAGUCCGAUCUUCAGUCCAUAACCAAAAAKCCAGUCCAUCACUUUUGAUGAACUCCAUGUGCUCAGGAAAUCCGAGGAGAUUGUCUUGGAGAAACAGAUGAAGCGCGAUGAUAUUUUCUCUCAAAUUACUGCUCUUAUGGCUACUCAAAAUUCUUCAUCAUCUCGCAAUUCUCCUGGUUUUAGUCCAAAUUUUUCCAAGGGAAGAGGAAAUCAAGGUUGCGGAAAAUUUUCUGGGAAUUCCAAUCGUGGAAAUCACGGGCGAUUUAAUCGUUUCCUUUGGUAAUUGUAACACCUAUUCUAGCUUUCCUCAGUUUGAGAAUCGUAUACUCUGCCAGAUAUGUCACCGUCUUGGUCAUUCGGCUAUUGAUUGUUUCAACCGUAUGAACUACACAUAUCAGGGUAGACAUCCACCUGCUCAACUUGCAGGUAUGGUGGCCUCCCAAAACCUUGCUGUUGUUGGCCAUCAACAUCAACCUCUACCUACAACCAAUUUUGUUUCUCAACCAUCUGCCUUUGUCGUAAUGCACCCCUCACAAUGGCUUGCCGAUUCCGACUGCAACACACACAUUACUUCUGAUCUCUCCAAUUUAUCGGCAGCAUCUGAAUAUAAUGGGGAAGAUCAUGUCUCAAUGGGUAAUGGCAAGAAUCUUCCUAUAUCUCAUACAAGUCGGUCUUUUUAAUACUCCCCCAUCUUCCUUUUCUUUAUCUCACUUACUUUGUGUUCCCAAUAUUGCCUCCAAUCUUCUAUCUGUUAACCAGCUUUGUCUUGAUCACGAUUACAUUAUUCUUUUUUAUUAUGAUUAUAUUCUUGUCCAAGACAAAUCUACGGGCAAAAUUUUAUACAAAGGUCCUAGUGUAAAUGACCUAUAUCCAUUUACAUCUUUGGUUGAGCGGUCUUCUUCACGUUCAGCUUCCUCUACACCGAUUUGCUUAGCUGCUCAUGUUAACAAGCAUUCCUCUUAUAUUCUUUGGCAUAAUCGGUUAGGCCAUCCUAGCCUCCCUAUACUCAAUUCUGUUUUUUUGUUUGCUUAGUUUAUCCACUAUUUCUUAUGUUAACCAUGCUUGUGAAUUUUGUUUGUAUGGCAAAAUGAAGAAACUGUCUUUUUCUGCUUCUCAUACUGCCUCUUCUUUUCCUUUGGAAAUUGUUCAUACUGAUGUAUGGUGCCCUACCCCUGAAAUUUCUAUCAAUGAGUUCAACUAACUAUGUUUCUUUCAUUGAUGACUUUACUAAAUACACUUGGUUGUUUCCUAUUGUGCAUAAGUCUGAUGUUUCUGAUGUGUUCCGUCACAUUAAACCCUUUGUUGAAAAUUUACUAUCUAGUCGUAUCAAAAUUCUUCGAAGUGAUGGCGUGGGUGAGUUUGUUAACCAUUCUCUUCGUUCUUUCCUUGCAUCUCAUGGCAUCUUACACCAAAAAUCUUGUGCCUACACCUUUGAACAAAAUGGUGUUGCCGAAAGGAAACAUUGACAUAUUAUUGAAAUGAUCAUAUCUCUCAUGACUAAAGCUUCAAUUCCUUUGCAUUUUUGGUCUUAUACCUUCUCUGCAGUUGUUUUUCUUGUUAACAGAUUACCUUCUCCUUCUCUGAGUAACAAAUCUCCUUUUGAAUGCCUUUUUAAACGUCUUCCCGAUUAUUCUCAUCUCAAAAUGUUUGGUUGUGCUUGUUAUCCUUUGCUUAAACCCUAUAAUUCUCACAAACUUCAACCAAAAAAAUCUCAAUGUGUCUUUCUUGGCUAUCCAUUGGAUUAUAAGGGUUAUUUAUGUUAUAACAUGAGCACUAGCAAAUUCUAUACUUCUAGGCAUGUCCGUUUUGAAGAGAACCGUUUUCCUUUUGGUAUCUCUUCUUCCUUACCUAUUUCUUCUUCUUCCCCACCUUCUAUAUUUUCUAAUCUUCCUUUGCUUCUUUCUACUCUAUCUUCUUCUUCUACAUCUACUAAUGGUUCUGCUACUACUACUAAUUCAUGUUCUCCCAUUUAUUCUGAUGUUGCUAACCCAUCACCCUACUGUCUCUUCACCCAUUACUGUCCUUCAACCACCCUCUACCAACAUUGUUCCUUCACUUAAUGUUGCAGCCCCACUGGUUGAUUUGCCUCCUUCUAUCUCUACUGAUUUGCCCACUUCUACCCUUACCCUUACCCCUACUACUACCACUUUUAGCCAUCCAUCUUUAUCCACCAAUAUUCAUCCUAUGCAGACCCGAUGAAAGUCCAGUAUAUCUAAAAAGAAGGUUUUCAAAGCUGCCAUACCCUCAGUAUGUGAUAUUGAACCUUUAUCCUUUACCAAGGCAUCUAAACUUCCUAUUUUGCAGCAAGCUAUGCAGGAGGAGUUUUAUGCUCUUGUCAAGCAACAUACUUGGGAGCUCACUACAAGAAAAAAGGCUUUUAGGGACAAGGAAAAUAUGUUGCUAAAAGCUGCAUUUUGUCGCUAAAGAUAUUAGCGAUGAGAGAGCAGGCGUCAUAUAUAUGCUGUCGCUAAUAAUUAUAUUAGUGACAAAUUAAUCGUGUCGCUAAUAGUUGCUUUUAGCGACACGUAUAUCUGUCGUUGAUAAAUUUAUUAGCGACAAAAUGUUUGUUUUAUCGCUAUUACUAUCAAUGUUAAAUUUUCAACACUUCCUUUUGUCGCUAAAUUACUUGUUCUAACAUUUAUUAAUCGUCAAUUUGCACCUAAAAAUUCCACAAUACUUUUGUUGCUGAAACUAGUUUGAAAAUCACCUCUAAAUUACUUGUUCUAAAACAUAAGUAAUCGUCAAUUUGCACCUAAAAAUUCUACAAUACAAUUUAUUCACAAGAACCUCCUAAAUCAUUUGAAUUGUAUAACGUCAUAAUAUAAAUCCAACUGCAAAUAGUAAAAGUCAG